CCGAACCGAGAAGAUGGCUACCUCUCAGAAGCUGACGAAACAUUACUUAACCUGUAUCAUCUGCUCCGGCGUCUUCAGUAAUCCAUGUACACUUGUGUGUAAUCACACCUUCUGUCGGAAAUGUAUCGUCAACUACACCAAAACCAGACCAGAAGCCAUCAGUGCCAAGUCCCUCCUCUGUCCAUUCUGCAGCAAGAUGACGAAAGUGUCCGACCCUGAGAGAGCCGUGAAGGAGUGGGCGGAUGACGUCAAACCUAUCUUUCUCAUCCAGGGACUCUUGGACUCGUUUGGUCCGGGAUCUAAAGAUACAACCUGCUGCAGCUAUUGUAAAGAGGAAGGGGAGACAACUCCUGCCUCUGUUUUGCGCUAUGUGUGUGAUGAUGCGUUAUGUGGGAGAUGCGUCAGAGUUCACAACCGCAUCCCAUCAGCUCGUCACCACGAUAUCACUGACCUGUCCGGGGAAGUAAAGAUCAAACGAAGGCGGAUGGUCAUGUGUAAAGAACACAAGGAUGAAAGUGUUAAGUUGUUGUGUAAAGAUUGCGGGAAAGCAGUUUGUCAAACCUGUUGUACCAUCUACCACAGGCAAUGUGUCUCUGUGGUCAGCUUGGAAUCAGAGAUGCAUACAAUGAAAGCAGCACUGACGCGGGCGACGGGCAAUUUGUCACAGAGAAAGGAGAAAAUCAACAAAGAGAUGGAGACAAAGAAAUCCAAGCUGAAAGAUCGAAACAUUUCGAUUUAA